GGAAACAAUUGAAUGAGGAGAGGAAACUCGAUCUUGAGACCCAGUAGCUUAUGACUAACCCGCUCAAAAUCGGGUGAAACACACUAUUUGGCAAUUGCAAUUGUAACAGCGGCGAAAGAUUCAAUGAUGCCAAAGGAUAGUGGAGACAGAAGGGAGCUUCGCCUUUUUUUAAGAAGUCCGGAAGUUUUGCUGGUGAGGGUAUAUAUAUUGCCGUUUACCUUCUCCUAUGACCUUUCUCAUAAUACAGAUUUUCCCAGCAAGAGACGUCCUGUAUACACGAAAACUAUCACUCUUUACGAAAGUUUCUUUGUAGGAACGUAAGGGAAGAUUUGUGGGAUCUAAUAAAGUAGGCAAUAGGAAAAUGGCGUGGGAAGAACCGCGGAAAACGGGAAUGCUCUAUCGCAAGGUGGGCAAUUCGGGCCUCCAUGUUUCAGUGCUAGGGUUGGGGGGUUGGUUAACUUUUGGCGGACAUGUUGAGAAUGAGAAGACAGCCGCGGUUAUGAAGCAAGCGUAUGACUGCGGUAUCAACUUCUUCGAUACUGCCGAGAGCUAUUCUGCUGGUCAAUCUGAAAUCGCGAUGGGCAAGGCGAUUAAAAAAUAUGGAUGGAAGCGAAAUGAUCUUGUUAUCUCGGCCAAGCUCAACUGGGGCGGCGCCUAUGGCGAAAUCUUAGUCAAUAACCACGGCCUCUCGCGCAAACACAUCAUCGAAGGCCUCUCUGCCUCCCUCGAGCGCCUUCAGCUCAGCUAUGUCGACAUCAUUUACGCGCACCAACCCGAUCGCCUCACCCCCAUGGAAGAAACCGUUCGAGCCUUCAACCAUGUCAUUAACCAGGGACAAGCCCUCUAUUGGGGAACUAGCAAAUGGUCUGCAGACGAGAUAACGGAAGCAUGCGGGAUUGCGAAGCAGCUUGGGAUGAUCGGGCCCAUUGUAGAACAGCCCUGCUAUAAUGUCCUGGAGCGGACGAAGGUGGAGGGCGAGUUCCAGCGGUUAUAUACGAGGUGUGGGAUUGGAUUGACGACCUUUAGCCCGCUGAAGAUGGGCAUGUUGAGUGGGAAAUAUGAGGGCGCAAAGACGUUGCCAUCGGGUAGCAGGUUUGCAGAAAGCGAAGAUAAGUUUGCGGUUUUCAUGAAGGGACAGGUUGGGGGUGAGGAUUGGAAUACUACAGUGGAAAAGGUGACCAAGCUGAAGCCCAUCGCACAACGUCUUGGUGUUACGCAGAGUCAGCUGGCGCUGGCAUGGUGUCUGAAGAAUGAAAACGUAGCGUCAGUGAUUACGGGUGCGUCAAGGCCAGAGCAGAUUGUCGAGAAUGUCAAGUGUCUGCAAAUUCUGGACAAGUUGACACUGGAGAUACCGGUGCUCGUUGGCGCGCUUCUCGCCUCCGAGAGCUGCUACCGUCCUGCAUGCAGCAUCCCCGUCCGUCCCCGCGUCCUCGCAGCAUCUCCCUCCGCGUCCUUGCCGGCGUCUUCUCCCGCGCCUGCUGUUCCACCUGCAGCGGCGACUGCACUCCCGUCCGCACAGCCAAUGGCACCUGCCGUCGACCCCAAGAGGAUCAGAUUGGCCGAUCGCUCGAACAACGACGUCCGCAAGGCCAUCUCCCCUGAGGUCCGCGAGACCACCAUCCCCGAGCACCGCGGCGUUCGCAACAUUAUAUCCGGCCACAAUAGGGCGGUCUCCAUGCCGAUCCUUCCCAUGACGGUAUACGAGUCUAUCCACCAGGGGUUCCACCCCCCAACUCGCACCCCUACGACGUUGCACGAGGAAAUCUCCACCCUCAUCAACGACCAAUACGGUCCUGGCCCUGCAGAGCAGGAUGAGGAUACGCCUAUGAUCCCGGACAAUUUAACCAACAACUCCGCUGAAUCUUACCGCCGCUAUGCGGCUCAGCCCUAUGUCGCCACGUCGCCGAGCUUCGGGAGUUCCAUAAGCAUUACUCGGGCUACCGUCAACUCCACGGGACCCUCUAACAACACUGCCGCGGUCGACUUCGCCGCAGGCAACACUAGCCCUACGAACGAAACCAGCGAGGCCGAAUUCCGGGCUGCCAGCCAAAGGGCAGCUGCCGCGACCCGCGCUGCCUGUCUGCUCAUACGAAAUGCUCCUAACUUCAACGUUGCGGAAACUUGGAUGGAGGAUUUAAACAAUGACCUUGAGGAUGUUAUCGAGGACGAGCACGAGUUUAGUAUGGAAAUCUACAGGCCAAAUGAGAACUGAAGCUUCCUCCUAUAGUUUACAACCACAAUUUGUUUCCUUUCAC